CUCUAGCACUCAAGCUUCUCUUUUGCUUAUACUCACACAGCAUUUCUUAUAUUUUAGGGUUUCAUUGAUACUUACAGACGUACACCAUGGGUAGAGCACCUUGUUGUGAUAAAAAUGGUUUGAAGAAAGGACCAUGGACACCAGAGGAAGAUCAGAAACUUGUUGAUUACAUACAAAAACAUGGUCACGGAAGUUGGCGCACACUUCCUAAAAAUGCUGGUCUCCAGAGAUGUGGAAAAAGUUGUCGUCUUCGAUGGGCAAAUUAUCUGAGACCUGAUAUCAAAAGAGGAAGAUUUUCAUUUGAAGAAGAAGAGACCAUAAUUCAACUACACAGUGUAUUAGGGAACAAGUGGUCGACUAUCGCUGCUCGAUUACCGGGACGAACCGAUAACGAAAUCAAGAACUACUGGAAUACCCAUAUAAGAAAAAGGCUUCUAAAAAGUGGAAUAGAUCCUGUUACUCAUACUCCUCGUCUCGCUCUUUUAGACCUAUCUUCCAUUCUUAGAUCGUCUAUUUGCAACUCCCCUCAGUUGAUGAACAUAUCAGGAUUACUGGGACUCCAAUCACUAGUCAAUCCAGACCUCAUGCGACUACUUAACACUCUCGUUACUUCUCAACGUGAAAGACAGGAUUAUUCACUACAGAACCUUCAAGAUAACCAAGUUUCCAAACCCCAAAAUCAAAACCACCAGUUUUCAUCAUUCCAACCAAAUCAUCAAAUGCUGUCUUCAAAUCAUCAACAAACACCACUUUUAACUGCUUCUAGUACUGCUGCUUUUGCUCAAUUCCUUAAUGAAGCUCAACAAGUACUUCAGGGCAAUGAGCAAUCCAACUCUAUAAAUCUUGAUUCACAAAAUUCUCAACACACUAUGAGGCAAAACCACAACGUGGGUUUUACUUCUAUUUCAACCGAGAAUGUUGUUCAUUUUCAGUCAAAUCAAGAUUACGGGUCCGACCAAUUAUUUAUCAACUCUCUACCUGGAAACUCAAAUUUUCAAUUGAACAACUACUUCAAUCAAGAUAGUUUUGGUUUAAAUUCAGUUCUGUCGACUCCUACAUCUAGCCAAACUCCAAUGAAUUCGUCAAAUACCACAGAAGAUGAGAGAGAUAGCUACUGCAGUGACUUAUUGCAGUUUCAAAUACCAGACAUGUUGGAUAUCAACGGCUUCAUGUAAAUGAAGCACUAGUUCGUUAGUGAAUGUGAUUUCAUUCGUGUACGAUAAUUGGGAAUCGUUGUAAAGGCGUUAAAAUUUUUAUGGCAUUUUUCGUAUUGUUCUUUGUGUUAUGG